UGGUUUUGGUACGUGUUGUUUUUGUUCUUAGUGAGAGUGAGGUUAGGAGAUUUAUUUCAGAGUUAACAGUGAUAUAACUGUUAUUUAUUUUUAUUUGAGUUAUUAUUUUAUAUUUAAAAGUUUGUUAUGGAUCUAACAAUAAUCUUAGCUCUAGCUUCAGGAGUUGUAAUAUGUGUCCUUUUUCUGUUUGUUUUUAUUCAAUAUAACAAGAAAGAUGACAAGCCAGCUGCUGCUAGACGACCACAACCGGCUCCUAGAGACGUGCCACGGAGAGCAGUUGCUGCUAGGAAUGCCAGAGCUCGUCUCAGGGCUGCAGCAGGACAUCAUGACGAUGAAGAUGAGGCUGAAGAGGAAGCUGCGGCAGUUUGCUGAUCUGGAUAUCGACCCCAAAGUAGGAGCAAAGAAAAGAGCUAAAUUGGAAGCAAAGGCUGAAAAGAAAGCUCAGAGAGAGGUACAAGAACGGGAAAGAGAGGAAAAGAAGCGUAAACAAGAGUUGCUGGAAGAAGAAAGGAAAAGGGCCGAGUUAAAAGAAAAACUUGAGGAAGAAAAACGGCUCGAAGAGGAAAGAAGAGCAAAAGAGGAAAAGGAAAGGCAGGAGCAUGAGGAGUAUUUGAAACUUAAAGAAGCUUUUAGUAUCGAACAAGAAGGUUUUGACGAAGCUGAAAGCGAAGAAAACAAAGCCAACCUCUUGCAAGAUUUUAUAAGCUAUAUUCAAAAAAAUAAAGUGGUUGUUCUCGAAGACUUAGCAGCCGAGUUCAAACUGAAAACGCAGUUUGUUAUUGACAGGAUACACGAUUUACAGGCAGAGGGCCGUUUGACAGGGGUGAUUGAUGAUCGAGGAAAGUUUAUCUACAUCAGCCAGGAAGAAUUAGAGAAGGUGGCUAAAUUCGUGAAACAGCGUGGCCGAGUCUCUCUUACCGAGCUGGCAGAGAAUAGCAACAGACUCAUCAAUUUGAUUCCUGCCACAUAAUCCAGAAUAUUUUUUACGAAAUAAACGUAUAAAAAUUA